GAAUUAAAGGUUUUAAAGUACUUGCAAAGUUAAGCAUAUGUACGGAAGAUUAUUUUUUUCAUUAUCUAUUAAACCCCUAAGUUUUAUAAUAUGGGUGGGUUUUCCGCGGCCGUAUACGUAUCGGGAUAAAAACUUGAUGUAUUCUUUAAAACCGCCAUGCCGAGUCGCAUUCCCCGCCCACGCCGUACGAUAGCAUAAAGUUAUCGCAGAUUUUAAGUCAUGAAAGUUGUGGAGCUUAUAAAGCUUACAAAUCUUCGGCGCUACAACUAUCGCGCAAUUCCAUGCUACCCAUGGCUUCUUACUAGCCAAAUCCCACCUUGGACGGUUCUUGCCUUGAAUUGUAAAUCGGCCUACCAAUCGUCGGACCCAACACGUGUUUCAGUCAAUGCUAUAUUACAAAUGAAACCAACCUAGAAGGUUCUGUUAACCCCUACUCACGCAAGUGGAUAUUUACCUAUAUAAAAGAUGGCUUGUCAAGUUAUCGACUUAAGAAGGUUGAGUGUCAUCAUCGGUACACUACAACACGCCAGUUUAACUCCCUAUCCCCAACCUAAACUAAAUCUUCGAAAAUGGCCCAAUCAUCACGUCUCUUCCAGCCGUUAAAAAUUGGAAAUGCCACCCUUCAACAUCGUGUAGUAAUGGCGCCCUUAACUCGGUUCCGUGCCGACGCGAACCACGUACCCCUCCCUUUCGUGAAGGACUAUUACCAGCAGCGAGGGUCCGUACCGGGAACUCUGCUGAUUACGGAAGCGACUUUUAUUACUAAAGAAGCUGGAGGAUACCCCAAUGUCCCCGGAAUCUGGUCUAAGGAACAAAUAACAGCGUGGAAAGAUAUCACCGAUGCCGUACAUGCCAAAGGCUCGUACAUCUACGUGCAGCUGUGGGCGUUGGGUCGAGUAGCAAACCCGGCCGUUGCCGAGGCAGAAGGCUUUCAAGUCAAGGGCGCCAGCCCCAUACCUCAGGCCGAGGACGCAACUGUCCCGGCUGAGCUGAGCUUGGACGAGAUUAAGUCUUUCGUAGCCAAUUAUGCGCAAGCAGCGCGAAACGCAGUCGAGGCCGGCUUCGACGGAAUCGAAAUCCACGGAGCCAACGGGUACUUAGUCGACCAGUUUAUCCAAGACACAUCCAACCAGCGUCAAGACCACUACGGUGGUAGCAUCGAAAACCGCGCUCGGUUCGCACUGGAAGUUACUAGUGCCAUCGUGGAAGCUAUCGGCGCGGACAAGGUCGGAAUUCGCCUGUCACCUUGGUCCAAGUUCCAAGGCAUGGGUAUGGAAGAUCCUAUCCCCCAGUUUACCUACGUCGUCAACGGCUUGAAAAAGCUGAAGCUGGCGUAUCUACACGUCGUCCAAUCCUACGUGCAAGAAAGCGACGCGGAUAUCGAAUCUAGCAAGCAGAUCACCUUCAUGCUGGAUGCUUGGGAGAACACGUCCCCUGUCUUAGUCGCAGGUGGAUUCCGGGCCGAGUCCGGAAAACGAGUCGUGGACAACAUCUUCAAGGACAGAGAAGUCGCAGUGGUAUUCGGUCGAUAUUUUAUCUCGACACCAGAUCUGCCUUUCCGGUUGCGGAAGGGCCUGCCCCUGACACCGUACGACCGCGACACGUUUUAUAAUCCCGGCGCGACCGCGGGUUAUAUAGAUUAUACUUUUAGCGAGGAGUUUAUUAAGGCUGCAGCUUAGACGAAAGUUGAAUCGUUGUUCAAUUCAUUAUUAGGUAACGACGUUACCACGAGAGAUUACGGAGGUUAGUAUGCGUGAUUGCUCGGGGUUAUCAAUAAUUUUGGUUUGGAUUAUAACAUGGAAAUAAUACCCCUUUCCCAGAUGUGGAUAGUGUAUUGGAGGAUAUGUUUAACCUACUUAAAUAACUAUGCCUCGCCUAUGGUUAAACGUAGCAACCAAUAUGGGAAUUAAGUCGCAAUAUCGAGUCCACGUUUUGCUUGUGCCAAUGUUAAGGCGCGUGCGUUCUUAAUAGUAUUAGGAAUAUUAUCGUCGACGACUCCCUUACGAAACUUAAGAACGGCACCUACAUUUAUUAGCUAACUUUGACAAUCUCAUUCUUAACCUUAGCUUCGGACGUUUAAGCAUUUGGAACAUUACGUCACAUUCCACGCAAACCGAGGCUGCUUACUCUGGUUGGGAAUGAUAAUAAGCUAGGAGCCAUGCUCACGGCGGUGGUUUCGAGUUUAUUCUUCGGUUCCUGACCCACGCUUCUGGACCCGUUUCCCGAAGCAUCGAUGACGUGUACGGGUUCUACAUGAAUCGCGGGGAUGGCUUCGUC